AUGUCGAGCCCGACCGAUCCCACCCGCCCUGGCAAGGGUAAGCAGGAAGGCCUGGGCAAGUAUAUCAAGCGCAUGAGCACCGCCUUGAAGAGGACCUCCACCUCCAAGUCUGUCGCUGGAUCCACCGCCGAAAGAUCUCCCACCCAGGAAACCACCCCGACCGCGGCGUACCCGGUCGCGACCAAGGAACCCGCCUUCAAGCCCGCGCCGCCACAGCCCGCCAUGCUGUCCCACUGGAGCGUUGUGCAGGAGGAGAAGGCUCGCGCCCUCUUCGCCAAAUACGGCAUGACUCUCGACCCGGGCGAGUGGAAGUCCCCCAACGACGUGACCGUCCAACGCGUGACCAAGCCGAUCCGCAUGAGAGUGCGCCGCACCUGCCACCGCUGCCAGACCACCUUCGGCCCCGACAAGCUCUGCGUCAACUGCCAGCAUGUCCGCUGCAAGAAGUGCCCCCGCCAUCCCGCCGCCAAGUCCCACGAUCACGGCCAGCAGAACACCGAGGCCGCCCUCAAGGCCAUCCUCGCCCGCAAAGCGAACCCGGCCAUGGCUGCCACUAAGCGCAAGGAACCCGAACUGACGCUGCCUUCUCGCACCGGCGGCCAGGACCUGGUGCGCCGCCCGAUCGUGCAGAGGGUUCGCCGGACUUGCCACCGCUGCUGCGUUGUCUUCGCUUCGGGCACCAAUGAAUGCGCCAGCUGCAGUCACGUUCGGUGCAAGAAGUGUCCUCGCGACCCGCCCAAACUGCACAAAUAUCCCGAUGGAUACCCGGGCGAUGCCGAACCCCCCCGCGAGCAGCCCCCGCGUGCGUGGAGAAAGCCACGCCAGCGCGUCCGCUACACCUGCCACCAGUGCUCGACCGUCUACCGAUCGGGCGAGAAACUGUGCUCGAACUGCGGCCAGGAGAAGGGACCGCAGACUCUCCGCGACCCGCCCAAGAAGCAGCGACCCGAGCCCGACCCCGCGAUCGUAAAGCAAGUGGAGGAACGACUGGCCAAGGUCAAACUGGACCUGAAACCGGGCGAAUAA